AUGUUUCAGCAGAGUGUGGAUUAGGUAUCAGAGCGUUCAGGAGGUCUGCAGGACUGCCUUUUUAAAAAUGUAAUCUCAGCUUUUUGAUUCAAUUCAGAACUUUGGGGAUUUUCAGAUUAAUUUUUUUUCCACUUUUCUCUAAAUUCUCUUGGGUUUUGUGGAUUUUUGGGUUUUUCUGCUCUGGUUUUCUUUAUUUGCUGGGUUCUCGACCUUUAGAGUCCUUUGUUUUAUGGCGUGUUCAGUAAAAAGUGAGGAACCUCCCACCUUUCCUUUAGAAGCUUUGAUGGACUUGUCGGGACUUCCCGAUUGGAUUGAUGGAGAUUGGCUUGGGGACCGUUUUAGUCGUUUUUGAUUGGUCGGUAUCGAUAAAUCCAUCCGAUUUCCUCUCUGAGCUGCCGCUCUCAGUGGACGUGAGCUUUUGGUGAAAUGUGAAGUAGAACAGUGAAUUUGGUUCCUUAGGGAACCUCAAACAUCUGAACAGCGGUGGGUCCUCCUUUAAAACAAAAAUAGCACAGAGAAAGCAAAGCAGUUACUCACAGAUAAACACGACGCUGUGGAGAACAUUCUCUGAAAAUCAAACCGGGUCAAGUGAUGAGUCUGGUCCCAUCAGCCUAAUCCUCACCCCCCCCCCCCCCCCCCCCCCCCAGCCCAGUCGUAGUCCUCCAGGUGUUUGGUCCUCCGGUAGUCUGUUCCUUCAGUCUUCUGGUCCUCCAAGAUUCUGGGCUUCUGGUUCUCUGGUCCUCCAGUGUUCUGUUACUCUGGUACUGUGGUCCUUCGGGGUUCUGGUUCUCCAAAGUUGUGGUCUUCUGAUACACUGGUCCUCCAGCAUUGUGGACCUCUCUUACGCUGGUCCUCUGGUCCUCCGGUUCUCUGGUCCUCCAGUGUUCUGGUCCUCCUCAUGUGGAUCCACUCCUGGUGGAGCCUGAGGAGGAGAUUGCUGAACCCAUGGUCCCGGUACCGGUGGACCAGGACUCCUGUUCCAGGGUCAGGGUGUGUGAACUAGCAGCAGGUUGAUCCAGUGGAGAAAACAGCAGAACUCAUCUGGAAUGCAGCAGUUUACUUCACCACCAGAGGACAUCCAGUUCUGGACUUGAUGCUGGUCCUGUCCGCCGCGCUGUGUCUGAUGUCUGAUGGUGAGAAGCAGCUCCUGAAGCCUCCGCCAAAACGGCGGCGGAUCCUCGACCCGUCGGCCAUCGUCCCUGUCCCGGUGUACUCCAGCAAGGUGAGCAGCGGCCUGCAGAUGAAGCCCAAAGCGACCGUGUUCUCUCAGGACGACGUCUCAGACGACAGCCUCUGGUCCGAGUUCUCACGCCGGGAACCCGCCAACGUCAUCGGCCUGAGCGACUCGGAGGACGAGGCCGUCUCCACGCCGACAGAAGGAACCGCUCGCUGCCCGUCCCCCCCCCCACCUGAGAGUCCAGUCCAGAAGCAGUCCAGGAAGGUCAAGCAGAAGCUCAGUGAGAUCGACAGGAAGCUGCAGGCUGUCAACGCCCUCCGGUCUCCAGAGGCCACCGGCAGGACCACCAGGGGGGCCACCGGCAGGACCAGCAGGUCCCGCCGGACCGCGGCGUCCGAAGAAGACGACGUGGUCGUCGUGAGCCCGCCGUCGGAGGGUCUGAGUCCCGGUGGUUCCGCGGUCCGAGAGAUUCCUCUGAAGAUCCGCUGCAGGACGGACGUCCACAAGAUCCCAGUUCUGACGUCCAUGUGUUUGAGCGCCGUGGUGACCAAGCUGUCCGUCAUCCUGGACGUCCCGCCCCCUCGUCUCCUGCUGCUCCGGGAGGACGUGGAGCUGGACACCGACGCCACCGUGGCCGAGCUCGGCCUCGGCAUCGCCGACAUUAUAGAGUGUGUCAUCAUGAGAGCCGAGGACCAAGAUGGCGGCACCGGCGGCGGCGGUAUGAUCACCGUGAGGCUGCAAAGCAAAGACAAAGACUCGUCCCAGGAGUUCUCCGUGCACAGGGAGGCGCCGCUGGGCUCCGUCUUCUCUCAGUACGCGGCGCAGCUUCCCGACGGCGCUCGCAGGAAGAUCCGCUUCCACUUCGACGGCCACAAGGUGACGGAGCGCCAGACGCCGGCCCAGCUGGACAUGGAGGACGGAGACAUCAUCGAGGUCUGGACCUGAGCCGCUCUGCCUGCGGACUCCGCCCCGACCAGCGGGCCGACGGAGAUGUAGUUUUGACUUUUUAUUUGUAAAAUAAAAUAAAUUCCCGGCUGUGAAACGAGCAGCUCUGCAGGGGUUUUUUUUGUUUUUUAUUUUACUUCACCUGCUGGAAACUGACUUCAGGACGAAAAACACCUUUCACGCCUCAAACAGCUGAUUCAGCAUUUUCACUGGAGAACCCUGAAGUGGUGAGGAUGAGGAUGAUCACCUCCUCUACCCUCACCAGUAUUCUACAACUGUUCACUGAAGCGUUGUUGA